AUGCCAAACUCGAAUUGGGUUUUCAGGUCCAAACUGAGCGAACGGUAUUGGCGCAUCGUAGACAUUUUGGACCUGUACGUGUGCAAAAGAUGCUGUGGCCAGAAAAAACUGGAAUUUGUCAUGCGAUUAUUGUCCAUCCGCCUGCGGUCACAACCCCUGGUGCUGGUAAAUGGUAUCGGACCAAUGGCAAACAAGCUUAUCAACAUAUCCAUAUCUCAGUUAAACACAAUGCUGUAUUUGAAUGGCUUCCUCAAGAAACCAUGUUAUUUGAUGGUGCCAAUGCUCACUCAGAAACCUUGA